AUGCCGGGUGCGGAAGGAGACGAGGACGGUCCUCCCGCCUUGUUCAAUUGGACCGAGGCUGGUUGUUAUGGAGGAGGCAUGGCCGACGACAUGGCGCGGUUCAUGGCCGACUUGGAGAUGUACAAGGGAAUUGUCGAGCACUCCAUGGGCCUGGAUUACAAUGGUGUGGACCUUGCUGCCCGCGAAGACCUUCAAUCACUUGGCCUGGCAUUGACUUACCUGAGCCGUGGUCUGAUGAAGGGAUACAAACGUCAAAGUAAGCUCUAUUCCAACUACUACAUGAAACCAAACAGUCGAAGCACUUGGUUGGAAAAAUGGAAACAGAAGCGACAAUUUAACAAACCUUCGCUGAUCGCGAUGGAACGAUCCGCCUAUUUCGCCCAUGCCCUCCGAAUCAUCACUCUGGCAUUGGAAAGAUCAUGGCGUUGCUUCGACCCGAAAUGUAUGGUUGAUGGGCAGCAUACUGCUGUGAAGAAGGAUUGUACCUUGGUUCAGAUGAUGGUACGGCGGGGACUUUGGUUUUUUCGGCGUUCAAUGGUCGACGAGGCCACCUUCGCCAGUAGCCUCCAUCGGGGAGGCACCCACUCUGGCGUGGGUUGGCCCGGUGCAGGAAGACCAUGGCUGGCCAAGUUAUUCGCCAGAAAAGAACAACUUUUGUUUGGAGACGGGGAAUUGAUCAGAUGGCCUCGGGGACGUCGUGAUGAAGAUGAACGUCUUGGUUAG